AUGGUUGCUUCUUUGAUAGAUGGUAAGGCCAUUGCCAAAACCAUCCGCGACGAGAUCUCAGAUCAAAUCAAGACGCUGCAGACGCAAAAUGCGUCUCUCAAGCCAACUUUGGCUAUUUUCCAAGUGGGCAACCGUCAGGACUCAGCAACAUACGUCAGAAUGAAACGGAAAGCUGCAAGUGAAGCAGGUAUCGACGUGCAAUUCGUGCACUUGGACGAGACCGUUUCGGAAUCCGAGCUUUUGACCGCGAUUGUGGAAAAAAACAACAACAACCAGGUUCACGGUAUCUUGGUGCAACUCCCACUACCAUCUCAUAUUGAUGAAGACAAAAUCACAUCUGCUGUCGCUGGCUACAAGGAUGUGGACGGAUUUGGACCUCAUAACAUCGGAGAAUUGAAUAAGAAGAACGGGAAACCAUUUUUCCAUCCUUGCACCCCGCAGGGCAUCAUAGAGCUUUUGGAAAGGUCUGCAGUGCCAAUUGCAGGUUCUAAAGCGGUAGUGCUCGGAAGAUCCGACAUUGUUGGGUCUCCCGUUGCCGAAUUGCUAAAGUCCAAAGACGCUACUGUGACGGUUUUGCAUUCCAGAUCAAAGGAUAUAUCGUCAUACAUGGCCACUGCUGAUAUCGUCGUAGUGGCCAUCGGCAAGCCUGAGUGUGUGAAAGGCGAAUGGUUUAAGGGCAACAACACCUGCGUCGUAAUCGAUGUAGGCACCAACUACGUCGACGACUCGACCAAAAAAAGCGGAUACAGAUGUGUCGGUGACGUGGAGUUUGAACCAACUCGGCAAAACGUUAAGCUCAUCACCCCAGUUCCAGGUGGUGUGGGGCCCAUGACCGUUGCCAUGUUGAUGAGUAACGUAUUUAUCGCCGCAAAACGUUCUCUAAACAGCGAUGCCAAACCAGCAUUCACUCCUCUUCCUCUCAACCUUCAAAAACCUGUGCCCUCUGACUUUGAGAUUUCAAGAGCCCAAAGACCAAAGGAAAUCACCCAAAUUGCAUCGGAGGCCGGUAUUUUGCCCAUUGAACUAGAACCAUAUGGAUCCACCAAGGCUAAAGUCAAGUUAGACAUUUUGGACCGUUUGGCCACGAGAGAAAACGGUAAAUAUGUUCUUGUGGCAGGUAUCACACCUACUCCUCUUGGAGAAGGUAAAUCCACUACUACCGUUGGAUUGGCUCAGGCUCUCGGUGCUCAUUUGAAAAAAACCGUUUUUGCUAAUGUUCGUCAACCUUCCAUGGGUCCAACUUUUGGUAUCAAAGGUGGUGCCGCAGGAGGUGGUUACUCGCAAGUAAUUCCUAUGGAUGAGUUCAAUCUACAUGUCACUGGUGACAUUCACGCAAUUUCCAUGGCGAAUAACCUUUUGGCAGCUGCAAUCGACACUCGUAUCUUCCAUGAACAAACCCAGAAAGACGCGGCCUUAUACAAGAGGUUGGUACCCUCAAAGCGUGGGACCAGAACAUUCACCCCUACUAUGUUGAGAAGACUUAGAAAGUUGGGCAUUGACAAAAAAGAUCCCGACUCUUUGACUUCCGAGGAGAUCACUCAAUUCGCUCGUCUAGAUAUCGACCCCGAGUCUAUCACCUGGAGAAGAGUUGUGGAUUGUAACGAUAGGUUUUUGAGAGGUAUUACUAUCGGUGAAGCCCCCACUGAGCGUGGCAUCACUAGAAAGACCGCUUUCGACAUUUCUGUCGCUUCCGAAUGUAUGGCCAUCCUGGCAUUGGCCAACUCUUUGGCAGACAUGAGAGAAAGACUAGGUAACAUUGUGAUCGGUACUUCAAGAGCCGGUGUCCCUAUUACCUGUGAAGAUAUCGGUUGCGCUGGUGCAAUGACCGCUCUCUUGAAGGAUGCAGUGAAGCCCAACAUCAUGCAAACCCUUGAAGGCACUCCAGUUUUUGUCCACGCAGGACCUUUUGCCAACAUUUCUAUUGGCGCAAACUCGGCUAUUGCUGACAAGAUUGCUUUGAAAUUGGCAGGUGUUGAGCAAGGCGCGAGCGACAAAGUCAGAAAAGAGACACAAGGUUAUGUUGUCACCGAGGCAGGUUUCGACUUCACCAUGGGCGGUGAAAGAUUUUUGAACAUCAAAUGUAGGUCAUCCGGUCUUGUACCAGACGCCGUGGUCAUUGUGGCCACCAUCAGAGCUUUGAAAGUUCACGGCGGCGGUCCUGAGGUGAAAGCAGGUGCUCCAUUGCCUACCGAAUAUUUGAAUGAGAACAUUGAUCUUCUACGAAAGGGCUGUGCCAAUUUGGCCAAACAUAUCUCCAACGUAAACACCUACAACCUACCCGUUGUUGUUGCUAUCAACAAGAUGUCUUCAGACACCGACCGUGAACACGAGGUUGUCAAAGAAGAGUCUCUAAAAGCUGGUGCUUUUGAUGCUAUUGUGUCCAAUCACUGGGAAGAAGGUGGAAAGGGUGCAACCGAUUUGGCAGAAGGUGUUAUAAGAGCUUGUGAGGAGCCAAGCCAAGAUUUCCAGUUUCUCUACGAUACUGAAGGGUUGUCUAUCGAAGACAAAAUUGGUGCCAUUGCCAAGAAAAUGUACGGGGCUGGCUCAGUCGAGUUUUCACCUGAAGCUCAGAGAAAGAUUGAUCUUUACACUAAGCAAGGCUUUAACAAGCUGCCAAUCUGCAUAGCGAAGACGCAGUAUUCCUUGUCUCACGACGCAAAUCUCAAGGGUGUUCCAACAGGAUUCACUUUCCCAAUCCGUGAUAUACGCGCUUCUGUUGGUGCUGGCUACUUGUACGCUCUUGCAGCUGAGAUCCAGACAAUCCCUGGCCUGCCCACCCACUGUGGUUUCAUGAACAUUGAGGUGAAUGAUGAAGGCGAAAUAGAGGGCAUGUUUUAA